AUGAAAGAUGAUAGGCACGAGCAUGAGCAAGAGGUGCUCUAUCCUGAGGAAGAGAAGGAGAAUAGAAGAAAUCGAUCAAUAAUACAAUGGGUGCAGCAUUUUAAACAGACUUAUGGCGUUCCUUAUAUGGUUUUACUGUCAGCUGUAUUCUUUAAUAUCGGGUUUAGUGUUCUAAGUGAUCUAACGAUCAAAGAUCUAUUUAAGCAUUACUUAAAUCUAGAACCAUCAGAAGCUCAAUUCUUUAGCUCUGUGAUUGCCUUUCCAUGGGGAUUCAAGGUUUUGUUCGGAUUCUUCAUUGAUAAUGUCAAAAUAUUUGGAUCAGUGCGGACAAUCCAUCUCAAAAUUUCUGGCAUCAUGAUGGCUGUUUCUCUGUUAUUAUUAAGGCUUCCUAUAUUUCAACAUAAAUACUUGACAUGAGCAUUGCUGUUCAUCUUUAAUAUCUUUGGUGCGAUUACAGAUGUUGCAUGUUCAGCAAUAAUGGUUGCUCUGUCGAGAAGAGAUCCCCAAAAUGGACCAGCGGAUCUUCAGACACUACAUGUUAUUUUUGUAUGUAUUGGAGGAAUUUGUGGGUCUCUUACAGCAUCUGUAGCUAAUGAAAUCCUCAGUCCAUAUGAUGUUCUCUCCCUUUAUUGACUUAUUCCUCUUAUUUUAUCUGCAGUUUCAUUCUGUGUAGAGGAUUUUCCGGUAAAUAACUCACUAAAACCAUUAGAAAAUUUUUGAGCAAGUUUGAAGCAUAUGUCGAACAAGAUAGUAUUUGGGACUCUCGUAUUUAUGUUCCUCUCAAGAGCUCUAGUUCCCUCAUAUGGAGACAUAAUGUAUUAUUUUUUGAUUAAUGUGCUAGAAUUUAGCAAAUCAGUUAUAGCUCUUCUCUCAAUGAUAGCUUUCUCAACUGCAAUAUUUGGGUCUUUCAUAUAUAAUCUAUGAUUAAAGAAUAUUGACUUCAGAUUGAUGAUGCUGAUUGCUCACAUAAUUCUUGGCAUGGCCAUCAUGACCACUUAUUUAUUGGUUUCAAGAAUCUCGAAAGAAGUUCUUGGAAUUAAUGACAUUUUAUUCUCAUUCUUUACUGAUAUGGCUGUAGAUGUUCUAUAUGUAGCAUUCGUAGCAAUGCCUAUCUUGGUGGUGCAAACAAAGAUUAUUCCAAGAAAUGUAGAAGCCACUAUUUAUAGUAUUUUCGGAUCUCUACGUAACCUAGCAAAUGACACUGUAUCACCUUUUGUAGGAGGAAUUAUUGCGAAGAGUUGUGGUGUGUCAAGAGACAACUUCACAGAGAUCAGCUAUAUUGUCAUAAUUCAAUUUCUUCUGAACCUAGUCCCGAUUUGCCUUAUCUGGAUGUUACCUUCUUCAAAAACCAUAGAGAAAUACAGCUUAGAAAUCCAAAGGCAAAAUGCUGCCCAGGAGCGAAGUGAAAUAGAAUCGGGAUCGAUGAUAAAAAAGAACGAAUAUACCCCUUUCACAGAUGAGGAAUCUGCAGUGAAAAACAAACAGAAUGCUGAUUCUCCUACGAGUAGGCCAAAGAAAAGCAUGAAAAUUAAUAAGUAG